UUGAGAAAGUUAAGUCUGUGUUCUGCUUAGGAGAGAUAACACUUUUUGUCCCUGUAGGUGGCCCCCCUGGUGUAGCCAUUAGUUGCUAAUUACUUGCAAACAAAUAAACAAUUAACUCCUUAAGCUGCUGGCUGGGCAAGUGUUCAUUGACAUGCUAAAACUUUCUAAGACAGGAUUUUAAUUAGUGACGUUCUAAAUCCAGCCCCCUUGUCAGCAGAGCUAUAAGGUGAACUGCAGGAAGAUCUCAGCCCUACACACGUGGGGCUGAGCCAGCAGAGGCCGGAGCUGUGGCUCUGCACAGCCCUUGAGAGGAUGUCUCCCAGCUUUCAGGAAGGUGUGCGGCUUGGAGAAAGCAAGCCCUCACCCAGCUCCUUUUCAAUUGAGAGCAUCUUAGGACUGGACCAGAAAGAAGACUGUGUUCCAUCAAUGACGCCCCACAGGCCCUGGGCUGAUACCUGCAGCUCCUCAGGGAAAGACGGGAACCUCUGUGUGCAUGUUCCAAAUCUCUCCAGUGGGAUCUCAUUCCCUUGCGUGGUGGAUCACCCAGUGCCAGAAGACAGAGCUUUGCAAUAUGAACAUUGCUUUUCAGCCUCAGAAAGACUGUCUUUGAAAAGAGAGUUGAGUUGGUAUAGAGGCCGAAGACCAAGAACCGCUUUCACUCAAAACCAGAUUGAAGUAUUGGAAACUGUCUUUAGAGUAAAUUGCUAUCCCGGCAUUGAUAUCAGAGAAGAUUUAGCUAAAAAAUUGAAUCUAGAGGAAGACAGGAUCCAGAUUUGGUUCCAGAAUAGACGUGCAAAACUGAAAAGGUCCCAUAGAGAAUCACAGUUUCUAAUGGCGAAAAAAAAUUUCAACACAAAUCUCCUGGAAUAGAUAGAAACCCAAUGUGUAAAAGUAUCUUCUAAUUGCAGAACAUGAAGACUCAAGGGCAAUCACGAGUGUUAAAAAUGUGAUGUUUUCUUUCCUACAUUUAAUCUGAGUAUUGUUUCUUUUAAAAAUAUAUUGUAAAUACUAUUAUAGCAUGGGAUGUAUUUUUAACUACACUUUAAUUAUAAUAAAGUCCCUUACUAUAUAUUUUAAUAAACAUUUCUAGAGCAGCCAGCUAUUUUUUAGGUGAGUGAAUUUAAUCUGAUAAAUCGAUUGGUGAAAUCAGUAAA